AUGCCUUUGCAAACAGCCAUCGUCCUCAGUCUGGAGACCAUGACUGCGCUAUCACCCCAUCCAAUUCCAACGAGCACUCAGAUCCGCCAUUCGGCGCCCGUCCGUCAUUCAUGGGACUCUUCUCGGCACAUCGCAGGCGUACCGACGGUGCCUCCGAGUAUGUCACAUCUCGCCUUUGGCGUGACACACCAAUCUGACAUCAGACGCAGUCCCGAUCCAUCAACGCCAGUCAAGCCCCUCGGGCAGCCAAAGUAUACCAUCACAAAAGAGACUCCACCCUCGUCCUCGAAGCUUGCCAGCAGACCUCCCACUCCAGUUCCAGACUGUCCACCACCUCCUUUGACCAGACCAUCUACCGUCAGCAACCUCAACGCUCCGCCAACUGUCUCUUCCAACAUCCAGCAAUCAGUAUCGAAACCCUCAUUUGCCGCUCAUGAAGCACCAUCGCCCUCUUCCACGGCCUUGCUACCUCUAGACGUUCCAAAAUAUCGCUUCCCGCCUACUCCUCCUCUGCCCAAGGAAUGGAAUGGAACUCACGAUCAUGCAAUGUGUGUUCUCGAUACCUGCAACUACUCUCUCAACGCCAUCGUCAAGAAGCUCCGAAGUGCUUUCCCUGAGCUCUCCAAAGCUCCCUUGACUCCAACUAUGGUCGACAAACGUCUGCGUGUCCUCGAUCAGAAUCCUGACAUUGACUACUUCCGUACUGGCCUUGAGCAUGCCAAUCGCGAAGGCAUGGAGAAGGCACGUCGUGGCAAGGCCAUCAGCACUGGCACUGGCCCUUCCGGCUACGACACACGAAUCCCAGCCGAUCCAAGGGUCUCGACUCUUACAUCUCCCACGUCUACCAUCGAUAGCAGCUUCUUGAGCAGCGUACCAAGUCUUCCUGACCUUCCAAAGACGCCGAGAGAAGCUCACCAUGAGUCGGGUCUCUCCACAAAGACCACCGACUCUCUCACCUCUCAAGCUCGUCACUUUACUCGGCCGUUUGACAUUGGUUUUCUAUCCCACAGAACCCUUGCUUCUGAAAAAGACGAGUCGGAAAGAUGA